AUGCCAAACGCCAUCGACGAACGUCUGAACUGUACACGCCUCCCAGUAUCGGACGACGACUGGUUUCGUGGGUUUGAAAGUCGCAGCUGUUUCCUCUUGCCAGAUGCUACACAUAGGUGGAAAGAGGUGGCAGCCAGUGGUAACCAGAGCCCGCAAACCUGGUUCAUCUUAAUCAAUUCCUACAUGUUCGACGCAUUCCAGAUGGGCGCCUUUCCUGAGGUUUGGCAGAAAAGAGUUGGGUUUCACGCGGAUCAGCUUCCAAGCAAGAAGAAGACGUCGGUACCAGACUUGCGAAAAUUUUUGGACUUUCUGGAGAACUGUCUUCAAUGUGCACAGAUAGCAUUACCGGAGCAGCUUGAAUGGAAGGAACGAUUACUUGUAUUUGAUGGCGCAUCCCGAGCCAUUGACUGUGCAAGGUUCUCUAUUCACGUCAUGUCGCAGCUUGCUCGUUUGAUGCUCUGCAUCUGGGAGGUGAACCGUGCUUCGAUGGCUCUCCAACAUUCAGAGACAGACCGAGGACGAUCAGCGUCGUUCAGUCAUCCGACCCCAACAGCUACAGCAGCUCAAGAACAGGCUUGGGUCAAAUAUAUCGACGCUGCGAAUCUUACGGCACGUAUGGUUCGCAAUUCAGCUCCAUACCACCUUCGAUUUGUCAAUCCACUGAUUGCCAAUGCUAUCUGGAUUUCGGCAGCCAGCUUGGUGGUAGCGAAGCUGUUUGCCCCGCAUAAUUUCGACUCCUGUCAAGCUCAAUCGAAUUUCGAUCUGCUUGUUGUAACUUUGAACAAGUACGAAGCUUUUUGGGAGAUCCCGUGUGUACUGAAACACAAACUACAGAACCUCGAGAGUACCUUACGAAACAUCCGGCAGUGUACACCUGGCACUGAAGAUGCGACGAUGGUGGAUGGGAGAUCGCCUAUGUUCAGCGCAUCAGAUCCGGUACAACAAUCUCAUGCGCAAGCACACACAAGUCACCUUAGUAACGUGCAUAGUCAACAGGCUGUGGACUUAUCAAGCAAUACUGUUACUGACUUCUCUAGUCAAGACUGGCUGGCGCAAGAUUUCUUCGACUUCAACGCUAUACCGUCCUUGGGUCCUGGUCCAUCUCGUUCGAUAACACCUUUUGUAUUCGAUCCAAUCUUUGACGGCAAUGUAUUGUCUGAUACCGAAUUCUUCAACUUCAACGAUCUGUUCGCUUACCCAUAUCAAUAA